AUGUCUCACCACAGAGGGUCGAGUUUUCAGUCGAACGAUUUGUUUCCGCGGGAGAUCGAUAUUGAAGUCUGUCUUAAAACGUUGAAAAUAUAUCAGAAACUGGAAGGUGAUGUCAAUUGUGUGGUUUGGGAUGCAUCAUUGGUGUUAGCUAAGUAUCUAGAAACAAUGUGCCAACACAGGGCUGAUUUUUUGAGCGGUUUAAAAGUUCUUGAACUAGGUUCUGGACUUGGAGUAGUUGGCCUUACAGCUGCUACUUUAGGAGCUCAAGUUACAUUAUCUGACCUACCGGAAACAUUGCCGCUUCUACGUUUGAACAUAAAUGAGAAUAAGACAAAAAUCAGCAGUAUGGGAGGCUAUGCCAUAGCUGAAUCACUAAUAUGGGGAGACAACACUUCUGAAAUACUGAAGGAAGAAUUUGAUAUGGUCGUUUUGGCUGAUUGUGUGUAUUAUGAAGAGGCUUUAGAGCCCUUAAUUGAAACUUUGAAGAGCCUAACUAACACAUUCAAUAAAAAACCAAUAAUAUACCUGACACAAGAGUUGAGAGAUUCUGAAAUACAAAAGCAAUUAUGGGAAUCCUUUCAUGAAAAAAUUUCAGAGAUUUUUUAUAUUGAACAAGUACCUGAGGAACAGCAACAUGCAAAUUAUAGGAGUUCAGAUAUAAUAUUGUUAAGAUUAAAUAAGAAAUGAUACAUGUAUAGUUAUGAAUUUAAAUAGGCUGAAAGCUUAAUGCCUAUUGCAUUUUAGAUAAAAUUAUUUUAAUUUAAGUAAUUUGUUUUUGAGCUUUUAAUUUUAGGCUUAAAUAGGUAAAAUAAGGUGUUAAGAAUACUAGAGUAAUUAAUUAAAACUAAUUAAAUUAUUUGUUCUACUGUACUUAGGUAUGUAGUUUUUCGUUUUUAUUGUCUGCAUUAGUUAAAAAAGCAAAAUUCUUACUAAAUGUUGAAUUGACAGCAAAUGUCAAAAC